UGGGGUGUGUUUCAGCUAAUUGCUGCGGUGUGUCAACAGUCCACGACUUCCCUCAAGACAAACCACACUUGCCUCUUUGCCGAAUCCAUAGAUUAUAUUUGGAGUUGAUGCGUCUUGUUUGGGGUGUCGGGUCAGGAGAAUGGAGACAAGCUAGCAAGUUAGCAUCAGGCAGCCACUUUCACGGCGACAGUGAGGCGAGAAGACUUUCAAAGUAAAAUAUUUUCCGGCACUUCCUAUCCUGUAACUUCAUGUUUAGAAUCUUUGUUAUUCUUUUGAAAGCAUAAAACGGUAAGUGCAAGACCCGGAAGACGUAAUUAACGAAUUGUGUCAAAAAGGUGCAAUGCAGGAGGCCAGCCACUUCCAAUUAUGAUUAUAGCGCCACGUUUUAACAACCGUAUCCUAAAUAGAUACACCAACCGUAUUUUAAACCGGGUUUCGCGAAACGUCAUCUCAACAGCGCCACGCUGUUCCAAGUGGCGUUUUAUUUUGACAGUCCGUCGCCGGAAGAGAUGCCUGUGCGACCGGGCGCUCGACUAAUCCGUCUACUUGGAGCAGGAGCGACUUUGGAGCGGGCACAUGUGAAAUGUGCAAGCAUGAUGCUGCCUGGAUAAACAGGGGCCGAGAGGACAGCUGUAGACCGGAAGCUCACAGACCCCCAGCUGAAGCAGGGCAAACGCCUCAUGCGCGGCACAGCCGAGGUCCGAGCGGAUACGGGUCUGACCAAACAUGGGCGUGCUCCAGCUACACAACCCCGCUCACCCCAGCACGCUCCUGCAGCGGGCCAACCAGAUGCGCUUGACGGGAACCCUGUGUGACGUCAUCAUCACUGUGGAUGGCCACGAGUUCCCGGCGCACCGCACUGUCCUGGCGUGUACCAGCAAAAUGUUUGAGAUCCUGUUCCACCGCAGCAGCCUGCGUUACGCCCUGGACUUUCUGUCCCCCAAGACCUUCCAGCAGAUCCUGGAGUACGCUUACACGGCCUCGCUGCAGGCCACGGCUGAGGAUCUCGACGAUCUGCUGUACGCCGCAGAGAUCCUGGAGAUUGAGUUCCUGGAGGAGCAGUGCCUGAAAGUGCUGGAGACCAUCCAGGCGGAGGAGAGCGAGGACGUGGUGGUGGGCAACCACGGUGACCGGGCCCGACACUGGAGACACAUGAUGUCCAAGAAGCAUUCCAUCCCAGAUGGACCCACUUGCACCACUCCAACUGCUCUACACCACCUGGCGUUCUAUCACAUGACAGAGAGGAGCCCGCAGGGUACAGAGUCCGCUGCACCUCCCGAAUUGAGCCCCAAACUAGACAUGGACAUGGACAUGACCCACCAGCCUCAGCGGGGAAACACAGAGGCCCCGACCCUUGAGCCUGUUGGGAGUAUCAAGUCGGAGAACAUGCAGGUGGAUGAAGCAGACAGCUGUGUGGGCCGCUCCUCAAGCGCAGGAGACGAAUGCUCCCCAUCCCAUCCGAGCAGGGAUGAGGGCCCGGGAACGCCGCUGAGGAGCAGCGUGAUCACAAGCACCCGAGAGCUGCACAGCAGCCCCGAAGACGGCGCCCCGGUGGUGGGGAGCUCCCUGGACUAUUUCCCGGGGAUAGCCGAGAAACACCUGGGCCCUCUGUACUCCGUCACCCCCAGCCGCACAGGGGAGGCCAUGACACAGGUAUCCCUUUCGGUGGCCCCGUCCCUGGGUGUGCCACUGGACCCGAGGGCCUAUGGCAGCCUGCUGCACCAGGGCCUGCUGCACAGGGAGCUCCUCACCAGGCUGGGCCAGUUUGCGGCAGGAAUGCGGCACGAGGGGUCCCCUCCGGGGCCGCAGUGCUGUGGCGAAUGCGGGCUGCAGCUGCACAGCAGGCAGGCCAUGGAGCAGCACAGGAGGCUGCACGACGACGAGAAGGGCCACGGCUGCGAAUAUUGUGGCAAACACUUCCAGGACAGCAUGAGGCUCCGGAUGCACAUGUUGUCUCACACAGCUCCUGCAGAGGCGCUGGUGUGUGACCAGUGUGGAGCGACCUUCUCCUCGGAGGAGGCUUUGGACGCCCACAGGCUAACGCACACAGGGACUGACAUGGCGGUGUUCUGUCUGCUGUGUGCAAAGCGCUUCCAGACCCAGAAGGCCCUGCAGCAGCACAUGGAGGUCCACGCCGGCAUGCACAGCUACAUCUGUAGCCACUGCGAGCGCCCCUUCCCCAGUCACACCACCCUCAAACGACACUUGCGCUCACACUCGGGCGAUCACCCAUUCGAGUGCGAGUUCUGCGGGAGCUGCUUCCGAGACGACGGCACCCUGAGGGGCCACAAACGCAUCCACACGGGAGAGAAGCCUUACGAGUGCAACAGCUGCGGGAAGCGCUUCAGCCUCAAACACCAGCUAGAGACGCACUACCGUGUGCACACGGGUGAGAAGCCAUUUGAGUGUAAGCUGUGUCACCAACGGUCCAGAGACUACUCGGCCAUGAUCAAGCACCUGCGCACUCACAACGGAGCGUCUCCGUACCAGUGCACCAUCUGCCAGGACUUCUGUCCGAGCCUGGCCGCCAUGCAGAAGCACAUGAAGGGCCACAAACCGGAGGAGGUGCCGGCCGACUGGAGGAUAGAAAAGACUUAUCUGUACGUCUGUUACGUCUGAGCAGGUCUUGGACCCGGUGCGCACACACACACACACACACACACACACAAAAUGGGUGAAAACCUUUGCCGUGACGCUAGCUGGGUGAAUACAAAAAAUACUGAAAAAGUAGAAAGUCGUCAUUGUGGGAUCUUCAAACAUGCUAGUAGUGAAACAAAUAAGUUCCUUUGAUUUGGGUCACGAUUUGUGCCAUUUAUGAUAAAUAUGAUACCACAGGAGUCUCUAAUAAUAUUUGCUAAAAAAAAAAAGUCCUAGAUAGCCGAUAGGCAUCCUGACAUUUUGCACAGGAAUUGGCAGCUGAAGUCAUAUUCCAUGUCCUUACACGUACGUUUCAGGUUCCACACGGAAGUAGCAGUUAGAUGACAAUGAAGGUGUUUGUCAGGCCGUCGAUGGCUGCUGAAAAUAUGGUGGUAGUUUGCAAGGAUGCCAUGUUGUGAGCUAAAGCAAGCCUGGAAUGUCGUAUAUAAACCGUUUGUCUGUGGUGGUUGGACCGCUAGAAGGUCAGCUGUAAGGUCAAUGACUAAACUAGCGUUGAGCUGGAUAACAACGUCGUUCGUUCACGGUGGACCUGUCGGGCUUGUUGACUGCCUAAGUGGAGAUAGUCAUCUCGCCUGAUCGUGCCGCAAAACGUGGAAAGCAAUUCCUCGACGGCUCGAUCGGCCGUGAAACCUUCUCCUCUGGAUUCCUGUGACUAUUUAGUUUUUACAUUAGGAGUUCCAGUAUGUUCAUGUGCAUGUUUUACUUGAAAGCGCCGCCACGUUUUUGACCUCAUGAAGCGUGAUCUCUUUUGCGGCGGGUGUCACUGGUUCCGAGGUAGCAGGCUUCUAUUUCAGUGUAAUGGUUUUUUGUGCUAUUUAUACUGUAUGUUGUUACCAAAUAUAUGCUGGUUAUCACCACGCGGGCCGGCGAUAUCCCCGGGAUAGUUUCAAGUAGAGCAAGCUCUACCUCGACAUUAUUUUCCCGUUCGUUAGCAAAAGUGUUCAUCCGUCCGUGGUUUUCAUUUCCUUCUGAUUGCCGUCACAGUUGAAAUGGUCACAGUGUAAAGAAAAAAAUGUCAAAAGCCUCAAGUUGGCUUUUUGUGUCGUUUCUUUCUUUAAUAAUUAGAUGUCUUACAAACCACAGAAGAUGAUUUUUUAAAAAGGUACAACUAGAAGACGAAAAGACGCCGUGUGUUUUUUUGAAAUAAAAUGUGAAAAAAGAAAACUGACACAGAAUUGUGAAAGUCGGUGUCAGUGCUAGUGUAUGUGUCAUGUACAGGCCGUCCCGCGUUGUUGUUCCCUGUGUGAGCCUAACACAGGCCUUAUAGAAUAAACAUGUUGUAUUUUUGUAUCGCAGUCAUUUGCUGUCUUGUUUACAUUUGCUAUGAUUUGACAAGCAUCUUCAAUGUGUGAGUUUUUUCUACGUCUCCGAUUUGCGUGCCUCCUUUUCUAAGUAGAACAUUGACAUGCUUUGAGUACGUGGGUCUGUGCUGUUGGUGUUUGUUUCCUGUCCAAACUCGAGAUGAGCUGCCGCGUCCAUCCACGUCUCCAGCAUUGCAACUGGAAGCAACGUACUGUGACGCUGACGCUCUGAUGCAAGUUGCAAGCAACUGCCGAGUAAAAACGCUCGUCUCAAGUCUGCUCCCGUCAGACUGAGGUGUUUGUAUAGCACAUUAUGGCCACUUGGUGCCAUGGCAACACACAUCACUGUACCUGUUCUAUACAUCUACGUGCACUAUAACCAGAUAUAGUCGUGGACCAAAAGAAAUAGAGCACUUUUGUUUGAACUGUUGUUGGUUUUUUUUAAUCUUUCUAUGUGGUGAUAAUGCAGAUGUCCUUUUAUUUCACGUGUCCUAGAAGGCUGUCAUUCGCAUCGUUUAGAUAUGUCGAUGUCUGUCUACCUCAGGGCCAGGUCAAAGCUGGAGCUGGUGUCCAAUCAGGGUUGUUCUUCUUGCCAUGUGUGCGGUAAAAUCCCUCCUCAUUGCAGCUUUUUAACACAGUGUGUGAAAGUGUUCUCUCAGUGUGGAUUCAGGCACAACUCGUACACGUCAGUGUUUGAUGGCAUGGUCAAAAAAAAGAAAGAAUUAAAACAAUUGACUAUUCUAUGCA